CCACUCGCUUUCUAGUCUCUAGUGUCUACAGCCAAGUAGCAUUUCUCCCGUUCGUCCAUUGCUCCUUUAUUUCUCUCUACCUCACAAUGGCAAAUGCCGGAGUUGUAACCGUCUACGGCAACGGCGCUAUCUAUGAAACCACCACUAAGAAAUCCCCCUUCUCCGUCAAGGUGGGCCUUGCCCAGAUGCUCCGCGGCGGCGUUAUCAUGGACGUCGUCAACGCCGAUCAAGCCCGCAUGGCCGAGGAAGCCGGCGCCUGCGCAGUCAUGGCCUUGGAGCGCGUGCCCGCUGACAUCCGCGCUCAGGGCGGCGUUGCCCGCAUGAGCGACCCGCAACUAAUCAAAGAAAUCAAACAAUCCGUCACAAUUCCCGUGAUGGCCAAAGCCCGUAUUGGCCAUUUCGUGGAGGCCCAAAUACUCGAGGCAAUCGGAGUCGAUUAUAUCGACGAGAGCGAAGUUCUCACUCCUGCCGAUGAAGAAAACCACAUUAACAAGCAUAAUUUCCGGAUUCCUUUUGUCUGCGGUUGCAGGAAUCUUGGAGAAGCCCUCCGCAGAAUCCGGGAGGGAGCGGCCAUGAUCAGAACCAAAGGGGAGGCCGGCACUGGCAAUAUCAUCGAGGCGGUUAGGCACGUGAGGUCCGUCAUGGGAGACAUUAGAGUCUUGAUGAACAUGGAUGACGAUGAGGUUUUUACUUUCGCCAAGAAAAUUGCGGCUCCUUACGAUUUGGUGAUGCAGACCAAGCAAUUAGGACGGCUUCCGGUGGUGCAUUUUGCGGCGGGUGGGGUAGCGACCCCAGCGGAUGCAGCCAUGAUGAUGCAGCUGGGAUGCGAUGGGGUGUUUGUGGGUUCUGGAGUGUUUAAGAGUGGGGAUCCGGCGAGGAGAGCCCGCGCGAUUGUGCAGGCAGUGACGCAUUAUAGUGAUCCUGAUGUGCUUGCGGAGGUGAGCUGUGGAUUGGGCGAGGCUAUGGUUGGAAUUAAUCUGAAUGAUGAUAAGGUUGAAAGGUACGCCAAUCGAUCAGAGUAAUAGCAAAUUAGCUAUUGAAUCACAUUACAUUUGGUGGGGGAUAUGCGUACCCCUAUACUAUACUACUCUUGCUUUUAGCUUUGGCUGGAUAUUUAGCCCUUUCAACUUGUGAGACAUCAUCUGGAUUUAUAUUUCAUUGCUUAAUCCGUAAUCUUAGAAACAUUGUUUAUUUUCAA